AUGCUGCUUCUGAUAAAGGAGUAUAUCAUGCAGAAAUCAAUCUACAGACAUGUACUGGCGUCUUUAAGGGUUUUUGCGCCUCAGGUAGGCGGUGUUGCGUUUGUUGCGGUGCUCUUCUAUUUUUCUAUGCUCGUUUUGGCAUAUCUGAGAGGAUAUAGUAUCGACGUGCUUACAUCCGCCCUUACUUUUCAUGAUCUUCUCAAGAUAGCCUGCACUUUUGUUGUGCUGGGCUUGUUUUAUUUUUUGAUUGCCUACUUUCAUAAUAUGUCCCGAAAAAAAUUACAGAAAAAGGUAGGGUUUCAUCUUAGGCAUGUUGUGUUAGAGAAGAUACGAGUGUCGGACUACCAGGAGGUAUAUCGGACGGGUGAGACAUUAAACAUUUUGGCUUUGCUUGAAAGCGAUAUUCCCAAAAUUUCAAGGCUCUCUACGAUGAUUGUCGAUGUAGUAAUUAAUGUUAUUGAACUCGUUGUUGUGCUUUUUUUGCUGUACACCCACGGUCUUUUGGUCUGUGCGUUAGGGAUCGCAGUGUUGAUUUGUUCGAUCGUUAGCGUGCAUGCUUUCAGUAAAAAGAUGGAGAUCACCUCUGCCUGUGUGCAAAAAACAUGGGACGCCUGUUUGAAAAACUAUCAGCAGCAGAUUUCUCAAUGCAAAAAUAUUCGAUUGUUAGGUAUUGCGCGUCUCUACAAGAAGUAUGAAGAUGCACUUGAACGUUACAUGAGUCUUCAGGCCGUUGCCAAUGCUGUCUAUGGGGCAAGCGUUGGUCUUAUUUUUCUCAUCGAAGGUCCUGAAGUUGUGAAGGGAACCUUCAGCAUUGGCGUGAUCGUUACCACCGUGGCGCUUCUAGGAGAAAUUGUUAAUCCGUGUUACAUCGUAGUGUCCAACAUACAGGAGGCACAGGCAAUUCGCAGUUCAAUUUUGCGAUUCAACAUGGUACUUUCUUUACCCGAUGAUCGCGAGUUUGCUAAGACAGAAAAGGACAGCACGAUCUUUAAAGCAGUAGAUAAAGCAAUUCUUCUUGAUCAGGUGUCUUUUAGAUAUAAGGGAACUGAAACCAAUAUCAUCAACAACUUUAGUGUAACGGCUACCAAAGGCGGCAUAACAUUUUUGCGGGGUGGAAACGGAACGGGUAAAACGACACUUUUACUCCUUAUAGCAGGCAUUCUUCAUGCAACGUCGGGCUAUGUUCAUAAAUAUGUUGGAGAGCAUGAUAAAAAAAGCAACGUUGCAUCCGUCUUUACUGACAUGGAGAUUCCCGAGCUUCCCUUGCAAUCACUCAUCGAAGAACUGGAAUGCGAUGCGUUGUGGCUACAAGAAAAAAGUCCCCAGCUCUUCGACGCCGAUUUGCUUGAGAGGUUUAACACGUCGAUUAAAAAGAAUCAAAUUUUGAAGGGAACCUCGCUUAGUGCUGGACAGAAGCAGAAGAUCAUGUUUUUGCUUGUCCUGGCACAACGGCGGCCGAUACUUUUGCUCGAUGAAGCGUUUUCUUCCAUGGAUGCCAACAGCAAGCGAUAUUGCUAUGAGCUUGUCAGAGAAGAAUUGAAAACGUCGCUUUUUUGCUGCAUAUGCGUAACUCAUACUGAAGAGAGUCUUGCGGCGCAAGACGUUAUGAUUGACAUAGCGUUUUGGAGGACAUGUUGGCUAUUCGGUAAGGCAUGCCUACAGAAAGCAAGGAUAUGCGACGGAGAUGCUACGCAAAGCUUGCACAUGGUGUUUUGA